AUGCGCCGGCUCAGGUACAACGUCGCUGUGUCGUUGGAUGGCUUCAUCGCGCCUCCAGAUGGGUCGGCGGACUGGAUCGUGCACGACGACUCGAUCGACUUCGACUCGCUCUACGCCGAGUUUGGGACGUUCAUCCUCGGCCGCAAGACGUGGGAGUCUAUGAACCCCCUAGCCGGGAGGCCGAAGGAAAAUGUGGUAGUUGUGACCAGCCGGAUGAAGCCGGAAACAUGGCCGGAUGUGUCUGUCGUCGAGCCGGGAGCGGCAGUCGAAUACAUCACCACGCUCAAGGCUGGCGAUGGCCAGGACAUCUGGCUUUUGGGGGGAAGUCAGCUAGCUGGCUUGUGCAUGCAGGCAGGGCUUGUGGACACGGUCGAGACGGCUAUCAUGCCUGUCCUGCUGGCGGGUGGAGUUGGGCUUGUGGGAUUGAGACCGGAGGCGGUUGGCUCGACAGGCUUCAGACUCGGGCUGGUCAACACGCAGAGACUCGAGCAGAGCGGUAUUUUGAUGUGCAAGUACCAUGUCAUUGGCGCAGAAAGAGACAGCCUAUGA